AUGAGCGCAGCGGAAAAACCCCCUCUUGCAUGCAAAGCUUUAGAUUUCGAUACACCUUUGAGGCCCUGGCCCGUCAACUUGGGUCGUAAGGGGCCUACAUGGUUCUUGGUUUUCACCAGGCCACGCGGAAUGCGCAUGAUGCGCGAAGCUCUCCCUCUGAAUACGCUCCCACCUUCCGAUCCUUUUCCAGCGGACUCGCCAGAAGGUCAUCCUCGCUUUGCUCUGUUCUCGCCUUUGGAGCCCAAACUCUUGAGCGCUCUAUUGGACGCCCGGGUCACUCGGACUGAUGGAGACGCGCCGAUGCCGAUCGUCAGGCGCACUGGCCGCACAUUCGGUAGUCGUGGAGCAGAAUCCAUCGUCGAGAUGGAGGUCCUGCUGUCAGAGACUGAAAUUCUGCAUUGCUGCACGCACUGCUUCAAGUGGGAGACGAUGAAUAGUCCAGCAUUUCUGAGGUGCUCUGGAUGCAAAGCCCGUUUCUAUUGUUCUCAGCGGUGUCAAGCGGCCGAUUGGAAGAAGAACAAGCAUAAAGCGGCGUGUCCGCUGCUGAGAGAACGGAGGUUAUUGGACGCUGAGCGUUGUGAGCGGAUGCACCAGGAUCAGAUGCAAUGGCAGCAGUCUAAGAUGUUACGUAUGGAUGACUCUGAUCAUCCCAUGGAGAGGGAGUUCGACGAAGAUCUGGACAGGGGCAAUGCGGAUCUCUUUAUACAUGGUGCGCGCGAGCGCUACUUCUAG